AUGGCUCCACGUAAAAGUACGACUUCGAAUGCGACCGAUGCCAAUGGCGAUACUUCCAUGGUUUCCAAUGCUACCGCCGCAUCUUCCACUAGCCAUGGGCAUCCCAAACCCUCGCGGCAGUCAAGCGGCGUAGAUGAUCUCCUCCUUCCCCGAACACUUAUACAGCGGCUCGCUAGAGGCGUGCUGCCACCAAAUACUUCACUCCAGCGCGAUGCUGUCCUAGCACUUUCGAAGUCUGCCACCGUUUUCAUAUCCUACCUUGCACACCACGCGAAUGAGCAGGCGAACACGAAAACGGUCUUCCCGCAAGAUGUGCUCAAAGCACUGAACGAGGUUGAGCUUGCAAAUGUAAUGGAUCUAGGUGCCUUGGGCAAGGAUGGCCGGACGGGUGGACGAUUAGAACGAGAGUUGGAAGUCUACGAGUCUGCACUGACACAGAAGAGGAAAAAUGCAAGAGACCGCAAGAGCAACAAGAUGAGAGAAAGUACAGGCACUGGCGUUGAGGGUGGUGAUGAGGCCGAUGAGAACGAGAGAGGCGAGCCAAGCAAUAAACGAGCUAGGCGGAUGGAAGAGGAUGACGACGAAGAUGCGGAUGAAGAAAACCGUAUGCUUGACUUGCAAUUGAAUGGAGCCCAGGAUGCUGAAGAGGCACUACCAGGCAAUGCCACGAAAGGCACCAGAAGAAAAAAGCCCGCCACCGAUGAAAAGGGCAAGGGUAAAAUUGUGGACACAGAAUCCGAUCCCGAGCUUGACCCCGAGGGGGAGAAAGAGGACGAUGAGGACGACGAGGGAAAUAAUGAAGAAGAUGACGAUGACGAUGACGAUGGCGAUGGCGAUGACGACGACGAUGACGACGACGACGAACAAGAUGAUGAUGAGAAUAACGAAGAGACCGGAGAUCAGCUAGAGGAGAGGAACGGCUCCCGAAGUCGGUAUGGACAUAGAGGUCUCCAGCCUAAUGGCCGAAUCGAGAUCGAUGGCAGCGAUGAGGAGAGCGAUUGA